UUUAGUAGAAGUGAUGUCACUGCAGCUCUGAGAGACAUCAGGAUGCAACUCGAAGGUCACACCGACUCUGACAUCCGAUAUGCUGAGGAACGCUUUCGAGCGCAGCUCGCUAAACUGACCAAAGCUGCUGAGGUCAACAGAGAAGCCCUCAUGGCCACUAAAGCAGAGAUUAAUGAACACAGGAGACAGCUCCAGUCCAAGAACAUUGAGCUCGACUCUGUGAAAGGUGUGAGGGAAGCGCUGGAGAGGCAGCUGUAUGACCUCGAGCAACGGCACAAUGCUGAAAUCCAUCACUACCAG